AUGUCGCCGUCUUCGAGUCCUUCACUGCCGUUAUAUAAUGUGCAAGAUUCCCGGUCUCAGUCCCCCUACCUUCCAACGAAGACACAGGUGUCUUCUUCUGUCACUUCAUCCUAUGCCUUCCUUCAACCGCAACAGGUCGCCGACAGAUUAAAUACGUCCCUGACCCACGGCUUAUCUCCGGCCGAAGCUGAGAUUCGCUUGCAUCGAGACGGACCCAAUGAGUUGCCUCGCGAAGAUCCCGAGCCCUUAUGGCUUCGAUUCUUGAAACAGUUCAAAGAAACCCUGAUAUUGCUGCUACUCGCCUCUGCCGGGAUAUCAUUUUUUAUGGGAAAUUUCGACGAUGCGGUCAGUAUCACACUCGCAGUCACCAUCGUGGUCAGUGUUGGAUUUGUACAGGAGUAUCGGUCCGAGAAAUCCUUGGAGGCAUUGAACCAGCUCGUUCCUCAUUAUGCGCAUCUCAUCCGAGAUGUUGCUGCGAACAGCGGCUUGGAGCAAGGAGUCUCACGCAAUGGCGCAAUUGAUGCAGACGCACAAAAGACUCAUGCAGAUGCUCCGGCCCCGAUUACGAACGCUCUCAAAGCUUCCAGCACGAUACUGGCGGGGAAAUUAGUGCCUGGUGACCUGGUUCUCUUCACAACCGGGGAUCGCAUUCCUGCCGACAUCCGUAUCACGUCUGCUACCGAUCUAUCUAUUGACGAGUCUAAUUUGACGGGAGAGAACGAACCAGUUCAUAAAUAUUCAGAUGUGUUACAAAGUACGUCAAUUCCGAUCAAACAAGAAGACCCAGAUGCCCCAUUUGGUCGGCUGUCUGAUUCGGGGCUCGGUGAACCACAUGUCCGACUGAGCGAACAACACAAUAUUGCAUUUAUGGGCACUUUGGUACGAUCCGGAUACGGCCAGGGUAUUGUGAUUGCCACGGGUGCCCACACAGAGUUUGGCCGAAUUUCGACAUCCCUGCAAGAAAUCGAAAGUCCCAGAACACCGCUUCAGUUGUCCAUGGAUCGACUAGGACAGGAACUGAGCUAUGUGUCUUUUGGUGUUAUUGGGCUGAUUGUCGUCAUUGGACUUAUUCAGGGACGAAAGGUCUUGGAGAUGUUUACUAUUGGAGUAUCUCUAGCCGUUGCAGCCAUUCCGGAAGGUCUUCCCAUCAUUGUUACUGUAACACUUGCACUAGGCGUUUUGAGAAUGGCUAAUAGAGGGGCAAUCAUGAGGAGACUGCCAAGUGUAGAGACACUAGGAUCAGUGAACGUUAUUUGCAGUGAUAAGACAGGCACUUUGACCAUGAGUCACAUGACAGUCACCAAGAUGUGGCACCACGACUGCCCAGAACCCUUCGAGGUCAGAGAGGUGAUUUCAUCGGCACCCGGACCUGUUGUCCAAAAGAUGUUGCGCAUUGGAAAUGUAGCUAACAAUGCUCGACUGUCACGAGCACACGCCGAUUCACCUGCCAGCGCAGCUUCUGCUGCUGUCCUGUCGUCUACUAUGGACAGCUCCUCCAGUCACAGCCAAACUAGAUGGGUGGGACAACCGACAGAUGUUGCGAUACUUGAUCUUCUUGAUGCAUACGGCGAGGAUGAUAUUCGUGAUCAAAUAAGUGGCCGUGUUGCCGAGACUCCUUUCAGCUCGGAGAAAAAGUGGAUGGGUGUUGUAAUCGGUGGAGCGAGGGCUGGAGAUAGCAGGAUGGCGUACAUAAAGGGUGCUUUGGAACAGGUACUGGCCAGAUGUGACACCUACCUGAUGAAGGAUGGCCGAGAAGUGAUACUGGACGAACCGCGACGCAAAGCUGCACGAGAUGCUGCCGAGAAGAUGGCAUCAGAAGGACUACGAGUCAUAGCCUUUGCGAGCGGACCAGUCAGAGAACCAGGCAGACAUAUGAGGAGGCUAGGAGGCAGCCGCAGUGCCACUCUGUCGCCAAAGAUUGACCAACAUGGAGCUGAUGAGCAUGACGAGCAGUUCACUGGACUUGUAUUUGCGGGACUUGUGGGAAUGAACGAUCCACCGCGCAAGGAUGUUCGAAAGUCUAUAAGCAGGCUCAUGUCUGGUCGUGUCCGAGUGAUUAUGAUUACAGGGGAUGCGGAGACUACGGCAGUGGCAAUUGCACGUCAGCUAGGAAUAGUUGUCAAUGACAGUGCAGGAAGCCAUGCGGUUUUGCGAGGAGAUCAGAUUGACCGCAUGAGCACAGCAGAACUAUCAGAGGCAAUUGCGACAACAAGCAUCUUUGCACGAACUAGUCCCGAUCAUAAACAUAAGAUCGUACGAGCGCUACAGGCUCGAGGGGAUGUAGUAGCGAUGACUGGAGAUGGUGUGAAUGACGCACCGGCAUUGAAAAGGGCAGAUAUCGGAAUUGCAAUGGGCAAGCUAGGCACGGAUGUAGCCAAAGAGGCUGCGGAUAUGAUUCUUACGGAUGAUGAUUUUUCGACUAUUCUUCGUGCGAUUGAGCAGGGCAAGGGCAUUUUUUACAACAUACAAAACUUUAUUACCUUCCAACUCAGCACCAGUGUGGCUGCUUUGGGUCUAGUACUUUUGAGCACAGCUCUGGGGUUCCACAAUCCGUUGAACGCGAUGCAAAUCCUCUGGAUCAAUAUUAUCAUGGAUGGACCACCAGCUCAGUCUUUGGGAGUCGAGCCCGUCGAUCCAGCGGUUAUGAAUAGCCCGCCACGACCAAAACAUGCGCGAGUACUUACACGGCCACUCAUCCAACGCGUCCUUACUCAGGCAUUUCUCAUCAUGCUCGGCACGUUGAUUAUCUACAUGCACGAAAUGAGCGAUAUCGACGACGAGCUAAACCCCGGCCACAUGUCUCGUGUAGUCACCAACCACGAUACGACAAUGACAUUCACCUGCUUCGUGCUUUUCGACAUGUUCAACGCUCUUACCUGUCGAAGCGAAAGCAAGUCCAUCCUAAGAGGCGAAAUGCCGUUGACAGGCAACAAGAUGUUCAACUACGCCGUCCUGGGGUCGAUCAUCGGUCAGCUGAGUGUGAUCUACAUACCAUUCCUACAAUCAAUCUUCCAAACCGAGGCGCUCAAAUUGUCGGAUUUGUUGAAAUUGGUUGUUCUGGCCAGCUCGGUGUUUUGGGCUGAUGAGUUUAGGAAGUAUUAUAAAACGAUAAAGAGGACGAGUCCAGGGGCGAUGUACAGUUCUAAUGUGUGAUUUGUGAUUUGGCGGAGCGGCAUAUAUUGUUACUUUUCUAUUAUUGGUUGUAUUUAUUAUAUGAAUGAUUAGGCUUGAUAUGAUACAUGAACCAUACU